UCCUGCUCACUUCCCCUCGCUGCAGGACAGCGGCUGGGCCGAACGGGAGGUCAGCCCUCUGUGGGGCUCUGACUUGGGCCUCUGGCUGAAACCUUCCCUAGAGAAAGACAAGACCAGCUCGCAGACAGCACCCCUCACUGGUCUGCCGUGACGGGACCCACUGGACCAGUGUGGCCGUGGGCAGGUGGUGGGGGCAGAAGGAAGUGGGAAAGUGGAGAGAGGAACCUCACUUGUCAAAUCCAGCAUUGCUUUCCCUGGGCUGCGCGGCCCGGGGACCACUUCACAGGCAAUAGAGCAUGUGACCGACGGGGCCAAACUGACCUAGCCGGGGUGCAGGGGAACGGGGUUCAGGAAGAGUCCCUAGGUACCACACUGAGGACCCUGGGGACGGAGCUUGGAACGGUGUGGAACUCCUCGGUGCCCUGCCCACAGUGCAGGCCCACAACACACUUCUCCCUCGCAUGAGGAUUUGCUGGAUGUGGCGUCUUGGUCAUCCACACCGCUAGGAUGGAGAAAGCCGAGUCUGUCACCCUCUUCUGGAGCCAGGGAGAAGAAUAUGAGGAACAGUACUCGGAGGCCAGACUUCUGGGGCAGACCUUCCGCUCUGCUGAUGAGGCCCCUGAGCCCACCCCUAGCCCAAGGUCCCAGGCUGGCAGGCGUCUGGAGUUUGUGUUGAUGCCUACAAAACGGCAGCUGAGCGAGGAUGAGACUACCACCCAGGGUGUGAGGGCCCCUGAGGCCUCCCUGAGCCUGUCUACCACAGCCGACAAGCAAGCUGCCUGGAAUAGCCCCUCCCCUCUGCCCAUCCUAGAGGAGAAGCGGUGGCUUCAACCUUGCUCCACGCACUCUGACAUUGUGCCCAUCAACAUCUCUGGGCAGCAGUUUGAUAAACACGCAAGUUUGCGACACUCGUUGUUUAACACAGAGACAGCCGUGAACCCCAAAUCCACCCUGAGGCGGAGGCGGACCAUUAUUGGAUUCUCUAACUUUUCCCAGCGAGACCAAGGUCACAGCAACAAGCCGGCAGGCAGCGUGGCCCACGCCACCACCUCAGACAUCAGGCCCAGCCGUUCAGCCCCAGAAGGUGUGCAUGGAAGAGUUGCAGUUGGUCAGGAAGCGCAGUGCCCAAAUCUCACCUCACCGGUACUGAGGAGUCCUUCUAGCGACCCGGAAGAACCUGUCCGGGCGCGCGGUGGCACAACCCCCCCUGGCAUGGAGAGCGUAGGAAUGGUGUACAGCGUCCCCAGCUCCUGCAACGGGCCGACAGAGUCGACGUUCUCUGCUUCCUGGAAGGGAGAUACUUUUACCUACAUGACUCCAAGUGCCGCCAGCCAGAGCAAUCGAGUCGGUGAAAAUGGAAGAAAUCCUUCCUCGGGCAAUGCUUGGGUCUCUCUGCACGCGCUGCCGCCUCUAGUUCCUAAGGAGGCCGCUGCCCUCUUUGUCACUCGUGAUGACCCCGCAGGAUGCAGUGAGUUGGCUGGCUACUCUGAGCACCCUACUCAACAAAAGCAAGCAUCAGAGCGACACUCCAAGAUCGGCCUUCUCCCCAGUGGCACCUCGAGGCUGGAGACAGGCCCUGGGGGGGCCAGCAGGUUCCGGGAGCGGUCGCUAUCUGUGCCCACGGACUCGAGUGCCACGGAUGUGGACUACGAGGAGGAACAGAAGUCCAGUGAGGCGUGUGCCCUGCCUUAUGCCAGUACGAGUUCUGAGGGCAGCAACAGUGCCGACAACAUUGCCUCCCUUAGCUCCCAACAGGAGGCCCAGCACAGAAGGCAGAGAUCCAGGAGUAUCUCACUCCGGAAGGCCAAGAAGAAGCCUUCCCCACCCAUGCGUAGUGUCUCACUGGUCAAAGAUGAGCCGGCCCUCUUGCCAGAAGGUGGGUCAGCACUGCCCAAGGACCAGAGGCCUAGAAGCCUCUGCCUCUCCUUGGAACACCAAGGGCGUCACGCAUCCCACCCCGAUGCUCAGGGUCACCCAGCUGUGCCAACCUUCAAAGAUCCGGAAGGUACACAAUUCUCCCACCACUGGUAUCUUACUGACUGGAAGUCUGGCGACACCUACCAGUCCUUGUCCAGCUCCAGCACUGCCACUGGCACCACAGUCGUCGAGUGCACCCAGGUUCAGGGCAGCUCAGAGUCUCUCACCUCCCCGUCCAUGUCCAGAGCCACGACACCUUCCCAACUCUCCAUCGAGGUGGAGGCCAGGGAAGUAUCCUCCCCAGGAAAGCCCACCGGGCUGAUGUCACCCUCCAGUGGCUACUCCAGCCAGUCAGAGACACCAACACCCACCGUCUCCAUGUCCUUGAUGCUGGGCCACCUGCCCCCUCUGACUGGCAGCAUCCGGGUGCGCCCAGUGGUCCCUGAGAGGAAGUCGUCGCUACCCCCGACCUCGCCGAUGGAGAAAUUUUCCAAGUCUCGGCUGUCGUUUGACCUGCCGUUGACCUCUUCAGCCAACCUGGAUCUGUCUGGGAUGAGCGUCUCCAUCCGAAGCAAAACCAAGGUGAGCCGGCAUCACUCAGAUACAAAUUUUGGGGCCAAGCUGGCCCAGAAAACGAGCCCCAACCAGCCCGUUAUGCCCAUGGUCACUCAGUCUGACCUCCGUUCUGUGCGCCUGAGGUCCGUGAGCAAGUCUGAGCCGGAAGAUGACGUCGAGAGCCUGGACUAUGCUGAGGACUCAGGAGCAGAAGUCUUCACCUUGCCAGAGAGAAGGGUGAAACCUCCCAUAGCUGAGAAGCCCCCCGUGGCCCGAAGGCCUCCGAGCUUGAUCCACAAGCCACCAUCCGUCCCCGAGGAGUGCCCACUCACCUCGCCGACCUUGGCUAUGACCCCCAAGAGCUCAGUUCAACACACCCAACCACUCCCCCAAGACAUCUACACGGUGGUGCGGAAACCAAAGCCCUCCAGCUUCCCUGAGGGCAGAAGCCCCGGGGAGCCGCCAUUGCCCUCCUCUCUCCCUUUCACACCUUUUGCCAGUUCCUCUGGUGCUUUCUUCUCAGGAACACAGCAACCUCCCCAGGGCACUAUGGAAGAUAGGGGCCGCAAGGCGAGAGCCCUGCCUGAAAGAAUCAGCCUCCAGAGCCAGGAAGAAGUGGAGAGAAAGAAAGGCAAGAUCCCACCUCCCGUCCCCAAAAAGCCCAGCGUGCUAUACCUGCCUCUCACCUCACCCACGGCUCACAUGGAGGCGCACGGGGCUGAGCUGAGGCUGCCUCUCAGCCCCAUCAUCACCCUGCAGGAAGAAGCCAAGGGUCCCCCCACCAGUGACCACCUGCAGUCUCCUGGUACGAGGACGACCUCACCGCCGCAGGCUGAAGGUGAAAGGGAGGCAAGUCCUCUAGGGAGCUCUAUGGAACCGAGCACUGAAGAAAAAAGUGUCAUCAGUGAUAAAACAGCCGAAUGGAUCGCCGAAGAUGAUGAUGACGUGUUUGUGGCUUCACGCACAACGGAAGAUUUGUUUACUGUGAUACACAGGUCCAAAAGAAAGCUGCUUGGCUGGAAAGAGCCCGGGGAGGCCUUUGCCGGCGGCAGCAGACCAAGCUCCCAUUCACCGGUAAAGAACACAGCCGAUUCUCCAGUCAGUGAGUCAGCUGCCUCUGCGGGGUCAAGCGGCAGUGCCAACCUUGAUGCUGGCAGAAACGAUGAUUUCAAGGCCUUGCUACAGAAGAAGGGAAGCAAGGCAACUCCAAAGUCCCGCCCCUCAGCAGCCGAACUGCUGAAGACCACUAACCCACUGGCUCGGAGAAUUAUUGCACAAUUUUCAAAAGACUACGAAACCACUGAUCACCCCAGUACCUAAGUCCUGGGCUCAGCAAACAGGGUUUAGUUACUAAACGUGAGUAGACGAAGGGGAAGAGAAAGGGUUUUAAAAAGGAGUUGUGGAGAUAACAAAAGAGCCUACAUGUCCUUUCCAUUAAUUCACCCUCUGGACAUCAGGAGAAAGGCAACUCGACCGAGAACUAAAAUCAACGGGCACUUUAAUCACCUUCGGACAUUUUCCGUUUCCAUGCUUAACAAUCUUGCCAUUACUGACUACCGAUUUUCUCCUUCUUUCCCCCCAGUGCUGUGCCCUGAGGAGAAAUUCUCAGGCACAAGGGCACCUGUGCCACCUUUUCGGUCACUGACCGGGCUGCUCCAUCCCUGACUCCUGUCACUGAGGGGCACAGUGUGAAAGCCGACUGGGGCUGCCAAAACUAGGGGUCGUAGGGUGCCAUUGCCCAUUAGUCACUUUCCGGGCAAGGCCUUGAUGGCCCUGUGUGGAGAAGCAGAAAGCCCCUGAGACCUCUUCAACCACAGUCUAGCUCUCCGACUGCCCCCCCAGAGGGGCUCACGGGUGUACACUUAUUUCAGCAUGGGGUUGAUUGGCUGGCUUUUGUCAUGCAAAAUAUGAAUGUGACUCUGUCUUGCAAUUCAUGCCUUUUCAGUUUGAUUGUCUACGUGGAGAACAGGGUGAUGAGUUUCAAUAAACAUGAAGACCCCACCCCCUUUAGCUAGGAAAUGUCAGGACUGGGUUGCUUUGGAUGGACCAAAUUCAGCCAACAAACGAGGCAGCCAUGCGUUCUCUCAGAUCUCUCUGAGGUGACUCGUGCGUGCGCCCUGAGAUUCUUCAAGUGUCUGUCAACAGCGAUAGCUUGGAUCGGUGCCCAGUUCAUGCUGCAUUCUAAGAACUCUUGUUUCAUUUGCAUAUAACCUUCAUUACAGGAAGUAAUUAGCUGAAGGAACAGCAUCAUCAAAGGCUCAAGGAGGAGAGAAAGUAAGUGUAACUUGUCCACCUCCAUUCAGUUUAGAUUGUGGUUUGUGGUUGCUUUUGUUUUGGUUAAAGGAAGUCUUACUCUGUUUCAAAACCAAGAAUGUAUGGACUAAGAAGGAUUUAUCCAAAACGUAAAAGGCUGCCUUGCAAGUUGCUGUGGCCCAUAACACAAGAAAAAAAAGGGCUAUUUUUUUUUUUUUUUUGCCAUUUAGGUUCCACCGUGUGACCAACUUUCAAUUAACUGUGCUGUGGGGGAGUGGAGGGGCUGGGGAAAAUAGGAUGCUGACAGAGCCCCAGAACAAUCCCUGUGACCCCCCCACACACACACACAAGCUUAUAGGCAUUAACUCUUGUUGUCAGUUCAAUUUUUUAAGCAGGGCAAGAGCAGUGAUUCAUCUGAUUUUCAUAUGUCUGGUUUCUGGGAGGUUGGGGGAGAAAAACAGACAAUGCAUUGAACAAAAACUGGCUGCCCAGUAAUGGAGGGUUAAUUGUCCAUGUUCCCAAGAAGGGAAAAGAAAAGUCAAAUGCAACUGUAGCCUGCUUCCUGGACCCCUUCCUCCUUCACCACCAUCCCCCCCCUCAACGGAUUCAUUGGCCAACCUCCUGGAGGAUGCAGAAACUGCCCCAGAGACAAGCAGAUCUUGAUUUUGAUAGGUCGCAUUGCUCACCAAUGAGAAGCAAGCUCUUAGCUCCACUGCCCACACUCUAGCAGACAGAGCAGCUAAAAAGCUACACUGAGAGCUGAGGAGACUUGGGCCUCUCGCUUAGAAGCCUUAAGCCUAGGCCCUUGGUCAGUACAGUUCUGAAUGCUAGACUUCUGAGUACAGGCCGGGCUCACCAACUUCUUCCCAAUCCACACUUGCCCCUGGUUUAGGCAGAGGCCAGUUACAAGUAAUAAGCAGCGAGAACCCAGUUGCUUUCGAAAGCAUUCCAACUAUUUGGUUUGAAGGUCCUGAUCGAAUUUCAGGGGGUUUGCCUGACAUAAAAUAGACUCAUUCCUGGCCUGAAUUUAUAUAUAAAUGCCACACUUUGUCUGCCCCAGACUCAGGAUUCCAAAAGACAGAAACAUUUUCCUCUGUAGGGAAAUGAAGGGGUGUUUGUGCUUUGGCCUAACAAAAGUGAAAGGCUGCCAGGGCCUUCUCCUUGGGAACCACUUUGAACAGCUGAACUCUGAAGCCGAAUAUGAGACUCACAUAGUAUAGGAUUUGUUACUGCUGCUGAUUUUUUUCUGGAAGCUUCUCUCGUUUGCUACUUCCAGUGGGUUUCACCUCUCCCCUCACCUUGCUAUCUCUGAUGGUUUUCCCAAAAGUUUCUAAAACUGAAUGCCCAGACACUUUUAUGUUUUAACGUUACCUUGAGUCUUACUUUCCUCUCUGGUAGUCUGUGUACCUGGGAUUUUUAUCUUCUGCAUCUUUAUUAUGGCCCUCAAAUGCCCAGCAGUGUUUCCAUUAGCACAAGAGGAUUGGGGGCAGUGGACGUAUGGCCAGAGGUAACACCAAGGACUAGAAAUAUUCCUUUAAUAUUUUGCAGCAGGGACCUAAUCCCCAACAAACAACCAAACCGUAGAACUUGUUAGUCAUCGAGGACCAUGACACCAAACAUCUUUCCUGCUCUUAACACUCAACCUCUCUCGCCCCCGUGAUGAUCCUCGCGGCGACUCUGUCUCCCACUGAGGCACACAGCACAGCGGUUGCUGCCUUGCACACCUGGUGCUAAGACUGGAGAAGCCCGGCUGGAAGCCCCUCCAGGCAGGCUUUCGGAGAGCCUCCUACUGCCACUGUUACUCAUGCAGAUAACAACGGUACCAGGUUGUGAAGGCGGAAAUCAGAAGGGGUUCCAGUGAAAUGAAGUUGGCCCCAGGAGGUCGGCUUCCAAUUCAAGUUGAUUCCAUCCUUCUUGUUUGCUGAUUCUAGCCAGUAGCCGCAGGGGGCUCUGCUAGCCUGACGUCCGUCUAGUCACGAGCAGAGGGAGUCAUCGCCGGGACUGGUUAAUGGGUAGCUAAAAGUGCCUUGCUCUCGGUGGGUGUUCAUUGCUAUUUGUGGUUCACGUGUUGACGGUAGAGAGCAGGCCAUUCUUGGUCCAACAGGAAGCCUCUCUGGUGCCCCCUUUCCUUUGCCUGCCUCAUCUCUCGCCUGGGCCUCCCCCCGGGCCCUAACUUGUCCCUCAGCCCCAACUCCCGUGACCUGUAUCCCUUUGAGGAGGCAGGAGUGCAGGCAGCCAAAUGGUUGGCGGUAGCCUAAUGACCACAAGCCGACCAGCUGGUUUGAAGGCAUUGCCUCGAGUGUGCAGAGAGGGAGGAGGGUGUACAAGGCUUCCGAUGCGCAUUUCACCGGACAUCCAUCUUAACUCUCUAGACGACGCGGAUCAGGUUGUGAUCCCGCUGCACCUACCUGUCUGAGCAGAUGUGUCCCUGCACCUGCCCUCUUCCUCAGAAACAAACUAUCCCCUGAGAAAAGACGAGUUCAAGGCCAGGGCUGCACUCCUCACCGCUGCAGCCUUGCAUCCUCACCGAGCGUGUAACACGGUAGUAAGCUUUCACUUGAAUCGGAUCUGCCAGGGCCAGGACUAGCGUGAGGUGAACGAAGCGCACGCUCUCGGGGCCACGCACGUGCCUUACCCUCGUCCCAGCCCUGCACUUUGCACUCUGUAACUAUCAGUUUACCUUCUCCCUGUGCACAAGUGUGGUUCCUUCGAUAACUCCCUAUCGGCCAGUGUACCAAAUAUUUUAUUACCAUCUCUUUUUCCAUUGCUCUCAGCCUUUCUAUGCCUGUACAUCAAAGAGCCUUCAAUAUGAUCAGAAAACUUGGCUGGUUUCCAAGCAACCUGCUCCGAGGGGCAAGUUAGGCCCCACGUUGGUGGGGAUGCAGACAGGGGCAGCCCUUCAGCAUGGUCGUGAAUGAAUUGGAGGCCUGCCACUGGGAUCCUCUCUCUCCUCCUUCUGCUCCACGUUCCCCAGACCUUGGCUCCCAGCGCCAAGUCUCCUGAGUGCCUCCUGGUUUGUUCUCCUCACUCAGAAAAACGUGCUCUCAGGAAAGGGAUGAAGUCCUUUACUUUGACAUUGUAAGACUUAAUGCUACCUUUUUUGAGGGCCGCUGUGCAUUGUAACAGGGGAAAAGCCUUAAGCCAAAAGAAUUGAAGUUCUACUUGUAGAAUGUUAGGCACCAGUUAGCUGCCGAAGUGUAUUUUUCACCACCGAAAGACCAAAUUCCCUGACAGCUAAUUCCAGAAUAUAGAAAAUACCUUAGCCUCCUGGAAUUAUUUUCCUACAUUGCUGGUGGUUGGCUGCACAGUCCUGAUCCCCAGUGCUGUCCUCUUGGGCAAGGGACCAAGGGACCACAUUUACCAAAAGACUCUUGGAAAUGGCUCCUGAAAGCCACUGAGAAGGUCGAGAUCAUUCAUAUUGGACAGUAACAGUUUUACACAAAUGGAAGUCAUACUAAUCAUUUUAGUAAAAGAACACAAGGAGUUAAAGUUUGUGAGAUUGCGUCCUGUUCGUGAAAGGUGAAACCAUCCAAUCAAUGUGUGACCGAUGUCGGUCGCCCGGUGUUCGUGGUGAUUAUUAAACUUCCCGGAGGUACAACUUUGCUGAACACAAGCUUCUGCUUCCCCUGCCCUUAUUUAUGUUUUGUGCUAUCACGUCAGCCUGGUGUGAGAGACCCCAGAUCUCUGCCAGAGCACGCAGUCCCUCCAAAGCCUUUGCUUGUGUUUCAGCUAUAAGUCACGAAGAUAUUAGGGAUUUAAGAGGACAAGAGAGUGGGGAAGAGGUACAAACAGCUGCCUUCAUCAAAGGGUGGCAAGAAUUAUAAUUUAAACAAUGACAUGAAAUAAAGUUCUAGAAUUUUCUGAAACACACUUAUAUAGGCAUACAGUAGUAAAUGGUUAGUGACAAAUAUUUGAGGCGCUUUUAAUAAGUGUAGCAAAAAUACAUUUGCAUAAGGAAUGGGUUGUGUGAAAUACAUAUAUAUGUUUGUUCAGCAAAGCCCAAAAUCGGGGCCGGUGGUUCUCAGAGUGUGAUCUCAGAACCAGCAGCAGCAGCAGCAGCCCUGGAAUAUGUGUGUGUGUGCGUGCGCUCGCGUGUGUGUGUCUGUGUGUGUAUUGUGUGUAUUCCAGUGAUGUUACUUCUUCAAGGCCCUGAAUCAUUAUAGCCACGACUGUCCAAAUGGUUCCAGCCUUUCCCGUCGUUUCUGCAGUCAUUAGAGCGAUCAGUGUUUGGCCAAGUGAUGUAUGUUGUCAUGUUGGUCAAGUAUUCAUUUGUUUGGUGUUGAGAAAUGAUUGAAUCAACUACUUGCUUAACCUGCAAAACCCUUGAUUUGACCUAGCCAGGACAUCUGGCCUGUUUGGGGUUAAAUUUGUUUGUACUUCACGAAUAGGAAAAAGGAAGAAGUGUUCUGUUCGUUUGGUAUUGCCAACCCUUCAGUACCUAUCUUCUUCACCGCGGUGGCAGUUCUCUACGAGGGCUCUGAUUUUCAGAUUUUUGCCUACAUAGUGGAAUGUGAUAUCAACAAAUUCACCGACAAAAUAUGAACUGGAACAACCAGUUAACCCCUCUCAGCUUCUCCUUAAUGCCAAGCUUCAUAGGAACUUAUUCCUUACGUGGUGUUCAGCUUUGUUUUUAAUGUCCAAUUUUAUAAAAUGUUAUGCAUGUGGACGCGGCAUUGUGUUCAUUGUAUAAGUCACCCCAAACUCAUUUCCUCCUCCGUAUGUAUGAUGGUGAAGAAAUAUCAAUCUGGAUGUUCUUACCUCUCCCGAUCAACUGUAAAUGACAAAUAUUUUCAUUAAUUUUUAAAUGAGAUAUAUUUACUCUGGCUAGUAGGUAAAAUUUUAUUCUUUUUAUUAUAUUUCAUUGCUACUCUUUUCUACUGACUCCAAAGCUUACUUUGGGGAAUAUUUCUUAUUUCGAGGUUGUUGUAUUUCUCUUAUUUCCAUAUUUAUCUGUAGUCACGGAAUGUUAGAACCGAAGGGGACCAACCUCUCAUUUUACACAUGAGGCCCAGAAAGGAAGGAGGACGGACUAGUCCUACUGUGCAUGGUCAGGAGACAGACUUUUGUUGCGUCAGCUGGCAGUGCUUACUGAGUGCCAGCGACACGCUUAAGAAGACAGGAAUGUACUGACCAGUACCCUAGACUGGAGGGCUGAGAUAAGGCCAUUCCCCCCAGUGAUGAGAAGUGUCCCUGGGUAAAAAUUUCAAGAAGCAGCAGAAACUAGGAGCUAUCAUCAUCCCAGUCUUUUUUAGAAUUCUAACACAAGAUGGAAGGAAGCCCUCUGUUGGGUGAUAUGACAAAGGAUUUUUCUCUUUCUUUCUUUCUUUCUUUUUCUUUCUUCUUUCUUUCUUUUUAAGCAUUCCAUACUGGCUUGCUACCAGCAAUUGAAGUGUAUUCUUUAUAUAGCUAGAGUUGUUUGUGUCUUCUCAAAAUAAACAAGUUCUGUUAAAAAUCA